AUGAGACUUAUUUUGGAGAACAAGGGCCAAGGAGAAAACGAGGACGGCAGUGAGCCUGAGUUCCGACUCCCACCCGCCAUGUUCGGGUCUAUCCUUGUUCCCGCGGGGAUUUUCAUGUUUGGUUGGUCCAUGUAUCCUUGGGUGCAUUGGAUGGUUCCCAUUGUCGGUACGGCAAUGUUCGGGGCCGGAUAUGGAAAGUUUAUCCGGGGCAAGAGCAAGUUUGCCGAUGCGACGAGCUCUCUGUAA